AUGGUGAAAAUGAAGAAAGGAAUCAUUUUCCUUCUUAUCAUUGCUUUUUCAUCCAGGACAAAGGCAACAACUCCAGGAAUUACGGUAGUAACAACAGCCUUUUUCACAUUAACUCAGACAGUAGCAGCAAGAACAGUUUCUUCUUCAACAACAAUGACAGCAUUGUCAACCGAAAAUAAGAAAAAAUCCUCUUCUCAACUACUUCUCAUGCAGCAGCAACUUGUUCAACAAAUAGAAGAACAGUCUCUUCUUCAAAAACUCCUGGAACAACAAAACCCUGUGCCUCACCAACUUCAACUUCAACAGCUACUCGAACAACUACAACAAAACCACUCGCACUCCGAGCAGCGUUUUCAACAGCAACAGCAACUUCGUCAGCAACUUGGGCAGCACAACUGUGAAAAUAAGCAACAAUUUCUUCAUAACCAGCAGAUAAUCCUUCGACAACUUCAGCAACAACAACAAUUUCUGAAUCAACUUCAAGAACAACAAAAAGUUAUUCUUCAGAAACUUCUUCAGCGACAACAGACUGCCCAAUCUCUACUGGAACAACUACCAGAUCGACAAAAAUUACUUCAAGAACAACAACCUAUUCUUCAACAGUUUUUGCAGCAGCAACUGCUUUCUCCAAAACAAACACUGCAGCCAUCGACUUUGCAUCAACAAGCGCUUGACCUUGAAAAACAAAUGCAACAAAAUCACGAGCAAUCUCGACAUCGAGAACAAAGUAAUUAUCAACAUCAAAUCCAACAGCAGGAACAACGUCUUAAACUGCUUCAGCAACACGGUGUUGUAGCUGCAAAACUUCAACAACAGGGACAACAACUUACCCAACAAUUUCAACAUCUACUGCAACUACUUCAGCUUCUACUGCAGCCGCCUUCUGAUCAGAAACUUCAAAAACAACAAACUCUUCUUCAACAACUUCUACAGCUACAACAACAACUUCUUGAACAAUACCAACAACAACAACCACUUAUUCAGCAGCUCCUCCAACAACAACAACAACUUGUGGAGCUUAUGGAGCAACAAAAACAACUUGUUGUACAAAUGCUUCUAGAACCUCAGCAAAUUUCUAAUCUCCUUGAACAACUUCAGCAACAACAAGUUGAAUUCCAACAACUUAUGCAACAGCAACAACAACUUCUCCAACAACUAAAGCAGAAGCAGCCUUCACUUCAGCAACUUCUCCAGAGACAACAGUCUAUGUUUGAAGAACUUCUGAAAAGCAAGCAAGGUCUUCUCCAAACCUUAAAACAACAAUUAGAUUAUAUGCUCCAGCACCAUGGAUAA